AGUUAUUGAAAUCCAAGAUGGCGGCGCCCGUAGCGAAGUCGUGAUCCGGUGAAACAGGUCAUAUACAGCCUUUUUUAAUAACUGGGUUCACUUUGACAACAUGGAUUAUUGGAUUUAUUUCAUCACGACCACAACGCGGAAAUAGAGCAGCGAGAAUCAAAGCAGUGACAGAACCAUGCAGGUCUCAUUGAGGAGGUUGGCUCUGUGUCCGCUGGGUGUUGCUCGGUCGGUCCACAUCAGGGAUACUUUCCUGAGCCCAGCACCUUGCCUUCUGUCCAAAUGCACCCGCACCCUGUUUAGUGAAACAGGUGUCUGGGAGAAGGACUAUCGGACAGAGACCCGACGCAGAGUGGAGGAAUGGUGGCACCCACGCAUCAUGGCACAGUCGAAGCAGGACACACAGGAGGAGGGCAGGACGAAGUUUUAUGUCCUCUCCAUGUUUCCGUACCCGUCAGGGCGACUGCACAUGGGCCACGUGCGAGUUUAUACCAUCAGUGACACCAUUGGCCACUUCCAGAGAAUGAGAGGCCAUCAGGUGCUGAAUCCAAUGGGUUGGGAUGCUUUUGGUCUUCCAGCAGAAAAUGCAGCAAUUGAGAGAGGUCUGGACCCAGAGGAGUGGACUAAUAGUAACAUCCAGUCCAUGCGAGAGCAGCUGGACAGCCUCAGCCUCUGCUUCAACUGGGACCGUGAGGUAACCACCUGUCUUCCAGACUACUACAGGUGGACGCAGUAUCUUUUCAUCAAGCUCUUCGAAGCAGGGCUGGCAUAUCAGAAAGAGGCUGUGGUGAACUGGGACCCUGUUGAUCAGACGGUGCUGGCUGAUGAGCAGGUGGAUGAAAAUGGUCACUCCUGGAGGUCUGGCGCCCUGGUGGAGCAGAAGAUGCUCACACAAUGGUUCAUUAGGACCACAAACUAUGCCAAGCCUCUCCUGGACGCUCUUGCAGAUCUUCCAGAGUGGUACGGGGUCAAAGCCAUGCAGGCAAACUGGAUUGGAAAGUGCACCGGCUGCUACUUUGAUUUCAAACUAAAGGUGAACGGAGAGAUGACAGGGGAGACCCUGUUGGCGUACUGCUCCUCUCCAGAGACGGUGUUUGGAGCAGCUUUCCUCGCCAUCCUGCCCUCCCACAGACUGCUGCACGGGAGCAGCUCCGUCCGCUCUGCCCUGGAGAAAAACUUGCAGCCAGGCAGAGACUGCCUGACGGAGGUCACCGCUCGAAACCUGUUCACUAACCAGGAGGUCCCUGUGGUCAUAUCACACAGAGAGGCGUUUGAUGGCUAUCUGGAUACUGUGAUUGGUAUCCCGGACUGCAGUGAGGAGGAUCUCUCUGUGGCCAGAGCUCUUAACCUUUCAUGGACCACAGUGCUACAGAGUGAGGAAGAUGAGGCACAAACCCUGAUCAACUCUGAUGAGUUCUCAGGCCUCAGCAGACAGCAGGCAUUUGACUCCAUUACCCAGAAGGCCAGAGAGCAGAAGGUCGGCGGUCACCUCACCAGCUCCAAACUCAGGGACUGGUUGAUAUCAAGACAGCGGUAUUGGGGAACACCCAUCCCUGUGGUGCAUUGUGGGUCUUGCGGUCCAGUUGCUGUCAGUGAGGAUGAGUUGCCUGUGUCGUUACCAAAGCUGCCAUCGCUCACAGGAAAAGGUGCAUCGCCACUGGAUGCUGCUCACGACUGGGUCAACUGCAAAUGUCCCAGAUGUAAAGGCCCAGCCAGGAGGGAGACUGACACCAUGGACACAUUUGUGGACUCUGCCUGGUAUUACUUCAGAUAUACAGACCCUCAAAACCAGCACAGACCCUUUGAGCGCCACCUGGCCGAUCACUGGCUGCCUGUGGACGUUUACAUCGGGGGGAAAGAGCACGCCGUCAUGCACUUGUAUUACGCCCGCUUCCUGAGUCACUUCUGCAGAGAUCAGGGUCUUGUUGGCCACAGGGAGCCUUUCAGAAAGCUGCUAGUCCAGGGCCUGAUCAAAGGCCAGACUUUCAGACUGGCAGACAGCGGCCAGUACCUGAAGAGAGAAGACUUAGACUUCACAGAUAAUGAACCAGUGGCACGUUGUGGUGGUCGUGUUGAGGUGACGUGGGAGAAGAUGAGUAAGUCUAAACACAACGGUCUGGACCCACAGGAGGUGGUGGAGCAGUACGGCGUGGAUACAGUGCGACUCUACAUCCUUUAUGCAGCACCACCUGAACAGGACAUCCUCUGGAACGUGAAGAAGGACGCCCUCCCUGGUGUCCUGCGAUGGCAGUCGCGGCUCUGGCAGCUGGUGACGAAGCUGAGAGCGGCUCGGCAGCUUGGAGGCACUCCCAACCCCUCUGUGCUGAAAAAGAAAGAGCUGGUGGAGACCGAGAAGAUCUGGGGGAACAAGAACUACGCUAUUCAAGAGGUGACAUCUCACUUCACAGAGGACUUCCUCUUCAACGCAGCCAUUUCUCGCCUCAUGGGACUCACCAACACCCUGAAUGGUGCAACAGUCAGGGUGGUGCAGCACAGUGUGGAGUUUGAGGAAGCUCUGGCUGCACUCAUCAUGAUGACAGCUCCCAUGGCCCCUCACCUGGCCUCUGAAGUUUGGGCAGGUCUUUGCCAGGUGCAGAACCCCCUCAGCCCUCUCCUCCAGCGGGGAGGAGACAUCCUGCAACAGCCAUGGCCUACUGUGGACCCCGAGUACCUGGAUGCCCCUGACUUUGUAGAGCUGUCUGUACGGAUAAACAACAAGCCAUGUGGGAAAGUGACCGUGCCUCUGAUGGUGUCCAAAGACUCAGAGCAAGUGCAGAAGCUCGUCCUGGAGAGUGCCCUCGGAAAGAAGCAUCUCGGAGAUCAAAGAAUCAAGAGAGCCAUCCUCUCACCCAGGACCGCCCUCAUCAACUUCCUCACUGAUGAGUGAUGUUUGUGCACUUAAACUAUUUGAUAAAUGCCUGUCAACCAGUGACUUAACAGGGAAAGGGAAACAGAAGAUUUGAACAUUGAGAUUCCAUAAAUAGAGCAAAAGGAUAAAGUUGUUUUAACAUAACUUCAAUGUAAAUAUGUGUAAAGAGGUUUUAUUUAUAUUUUCCUGUUUUUUUAAUAAAAAAAAGAUUUAAAAAGCA